GUGUUAGUGUGUCUGCGUCCGUGCACGUGGAGGUGCGCGUGGCUGGUCCUUUCCACCUGGAACCUAAGCAUCUGCUGCAGACAAGCCGAGGGUCUGUACAACCUGGAGGGAGCGAGAGAGAUUUACUGGCUGAAGGAACGGAUACCGCAGGUGCCAUGGACACGCCUCUCUGGACCCCAGUGUCAGGUGGAGCGCUGCUGUAGAAUGCUGGACUUCGUGAUUGUCUGUGGAGCCCCUCCUAUGACCUCUUACCUUUGGCUGCUCAUUCUCUUUUGGUCUCUUCACGGUCAACCAGCACUGUCAGACCUGGUGUUUUCCACCCGUCCAGAGGAUGGCGUUGGCAUGCUGGGUGCUCCCCUCUCACUGCACUGUGCAGUGUAUGACUCCAGCAGCCAGAGGGCGCUGUCUGUUAGAUGGGGGAGGGCCAACAGAGAGCCAGCUGCACUGGGCCCGGAUCCUGACAAUGGGAUCCACCAAAUGGACAACGGAACUCUGUUCUUUCCCAAGCUGAGGGAGAGAGACCUAGGGAGUUAUGCCUGUUAUGGUGGAAGCGGAGCCAAAAAGAUCAGCACUGUUGUCCAAGUGAUGAUAGCUGAUCUGGACAAGGUGUUCUUCAGUCCUCCAUCUCAGACGGUCAGUGAGGGUCAGGCAGUAUUUCUUCAGUGCGUCUCUGGGGACAGCUCACCCCCUGCCGACAUCACCUGGCUCAAAGACAACAUCCCCUUCACCAAAGGCACCCAGAUUCAGGGCCAAUAUGGUGGUGGUAACCAGAGGAAGACAUCGGGCACUCUUCACAUCUCUAACGUUUCAAUCGAGGACCAGGGGGAGUACAUCUGUGUCACACACAACCCUUUACUGAACACCAGCCAGGAGAGCAAGGCAGCUACACUCACAAUACAAGGGGUCCCGACUAGGCUGCAGAUCACCGAGGGCCCUGACAACAUCACUGUCGCCAUAGAGACAGAGGCCUCCAUGCAUUGCGCUGUCCGAGGUUUCCCAGCGGCCACCGUGCAGUGGUUCAAAGAUAGCCGUCUCCUGACGAACGGCUCUGGGGUCAGUCUGCAGGACAGGGGACAGUUACUGGUCUUCAGGAACGUGUCUGAGGGAGAUGAAGGUUCCUACUACUGUGAGGCCUGGAACGACAGGGAGAUGGUCAGGUCUCAGACCGCUUUCCUCCUUCCAGCAGUGAGGGGGCGGAGCUUCGUCCAGCAGCCUGCAAACCGGACGGUGAGGAAAGGGGAGCCGGUUACUCUAGUUUGUAGACCUCCCUACAGUAGGGCUCCAAGCCCGGUGUCCUGGUUCAAAAACAACCGCCCCCUCACUCCCAGGACACACUUCACUGUCAGGCGCAAUGGAGACCUCAUCUUCCGCAGUGUCCACGACACAGACAGCGGAGUGUACUUCUGCAGAGCAUUCGAUGUACACCUGAACCGUUUUGUGAACUCCAGAACAGCCCGACUCACCGUUCUGGACCCCCCUUCUGUGAGGCUGUGGCCCCCGGUGGUGACUGUCCCUGUAGGGGCCACGGUGGUGUUCCACUGCCAGGUCUGGGGACUGCCUCUCCCCUCCAUCACCUGGUCCAAACAGGGACGCUCCACGCAGACGGGUGGAAAGAUCCUUGUGGGGGUAAGAAAUGCUACCCUUUCCAUCCAGUCUGUCAGGAGCUAUGAUGAGGGCACUUACACCUGUGAAGCCUCCAACACUGUGGGGCAUGACCAGAGAAAAGCUACUCUACGUGUCGCUGUAAGCCCCAUCAUAGUGUUCUUCACGGGUGCAGUCAGGAGCUCAGAGGGGUCCUCGGUGGUCAUGCCAUGCAGGGCAGUGGGGGAGGUCCCCAUCAGGUACAUCUGGACCCGGGGACACUCCCAGGCCUCCAUCAUCCGAACCCCGAAAAGGCAUGUCGACGAUGAUGGGGCUCUGCAUAUCUCCAAUAUUGAGGUGUCUGAUGCUGGGGACUACCACUGUACUGCUGAGAACAGAGCGGGAAGACAGCAGAGAACAGUCAUGCUCACCAUCUCUGCAAAAGAUAAUACAGCUGAUAGAGACAAGCAGCACAGCCAGAGUUUAUAUUCAGUUACAAACCAUGAAGCAGAGCAGAGGACUCCCUUGCCUACAGUUCAGAGAAUUGAAACGACCCAGUCAAAUGUUCCACUGCAGGGAAAAGGUUCAGUCAGGGCAUCUCCAAGAAACUCAAGCAAAGACCUCACCCCAGCGUCUACUCUAGACACUUUAAGACUGCUCGGAUCUCUCAGGCAGUCAGCUUCAGGAUUAACAGGUCUCUUUGGAGGACAGACAAGACACCUGGGGCCAACUGACCUUCAUUCUCACCUCCUAUUGGACUCAGCCAAUUCAACUCAGCGUGCAGUCACACAGAUCCAUCCUCCAGUCCUACAACCCCUACUCCCACCUCCACCGCCACCUCUGUAUCAACCUUUAGAGUUACUCAGACGGCUUCAAGUAAUCCUUCCCCCGACAACAUUGGCAUACAACCUACCCCCAGUUACAAGCCAGGAUUCUUUCCCACAAAGACAAUAUGUCUUUCCACAGUUUGGAUCCCCAAGCAUCGACAAUCAGCCAUCAAUCAUGCAUAUCCUUUAUCAAGUCACUGACCAGCCCAUUAAUCCCAUCGUCAAUCUUACCAAGUCUCUGGUCUCACUUCAGCAUCCUUCUACCCACUCUUUAGACCAAAGCAAUGAUUCCCUUUCCCAACCAAGAGAACCGGUGACUCCGUUUCUACUCACCCCAACCCUGCAUUUCGACUCAAUUACUCAAAAUCACCGUUCUGUAACUCAAAGUCCUCUUUUAGACCCACCUAUCCAGCAUCCUAGCCCCCUCACCCAGUUUUCAGUCUUGAAAAUAAAUAGACAACAACACCCAACCCAGACUCAACCAUCACAACCACAGCCAAAACCACACCAAAUCCAGCCACAAACAUCACAACCCCCUUCUCAACCACACCAAAACCAGCCUCAACCAUCACAACCCCACCAUAAACCAUUCCAAACCCAGCCACAACAAUCUCAAUUACAUCAAACCCAGCCACAACCAUCUCAAAACCAGCUUCAAACACACCAAACCCAGCCGCAACCAUCACACACGCUGCCUCAACCACACCAAACCCAGCCACAACCAUCACAACCCCAUUCUCAACCACACCAAAACCAGCCUCAACCAUCACAAACCCAUUCUCAACCACACCAAAACCAGCCUCAACCAUCACAAACCCAUUCUCAACCACACCAAAACCAGCCACAACAAUCACAACCCCAUUCUCAACCACACCAAAACCAGCCUCAACCAUCACAACCCCAUUCUCAACCAUACCAAACCCAGCCACAACCAUCACAACAGUCUCAACUACACCAAACCCAGCCACAACCAUCUCAAAACCAGCCUCAAACACACCAAACCCAGGCGCAACCAUCACAAACCCAGUCUCAACUACACCAAACGCAGCCACAACCAUCCCAACCCCAGCAUAAACCACACCAAACCCAGCCACAAACACAAACCCAGACAGAACCAGACCAAGGACAGCCAUCACAACCUCAGCCUCAACUAUCCCCAACACCGCUUCAACCUUCACAAACACAGCCAGAACAUACACAAACACUGCCAGAACCUACACGGAUCCAGUCUAAAACAUUAGAAACCCUAACCAAACCCUCACAAAACCAGUCUGAACAAUCACAAAACCAACCUGAACCAUCACAAAACAAGUUUGAACAAUUACCAAACCAGCCUAAACCUACACAAACUCAGCCUCAAACCUCCCAAACACAGCCUGAACUAUCACAAACCCAGGCUAACUACAGGCUCACACGUGAUCCCCAGGGCCGUAGUGUCCCCUAUACAGCCACCCCAGAGCCACUGAGGCAGAAUGUGAGCUAUCCUGCUAAUCCAGAUCAUCCAGCAGAAACAACCAGGCCCACUGACACAGAGCCCACAGAGUGGCUGAAGAGGAACACCUCCCAGUCCCCCAUGAGGACCAGCGAGGACUCAAGAGUAAAGCCUCCCCCUCCAUGGCUCCCGGUGCUGGAGAAACAUGAUAUCCCCAUUGUGGUCGGAGUGGGAGUGUCUCUAGCAUUCAUCUUCAUUACCAUGGCCUUCUACUCCCUGGUUCAGAAGAAUGAGCCUGCUCCUGCAUUUAGAGUUCCGAGGAACAUGGGCGUCCCCUGCAGACACGCUGAACGCCUGGCCGCUGGGAGGACCUAUGAGAACAGGGCGUUCGAGGGCGACGACUUGGAGGCGGUGAUAGAACAGAGCCCCAACACGUCAGAUACACGUGCCGUGCCUCCUGCUCCCAGCCCAGUUGCUGUGACGAUAGACCCCGCCUCCGACGAGACCGGACCAACUUCCGAGCACUCAGUCGUAGCAGAGACCUACCCUGAACCCAGCGAAGAAACAAUGGUUGACCCCUUCCUGGAUGAAGAGAAGAGCUGCAGCCUGUCUCACCCCAGCAUCCAGCUGCAGUGUGUGGAGGACUGGAGUGGUGGCGGAGUGGAACACGGACAACACCAGGGCCGCGACGUCCUCCCCGAGCCCCCCUCCACUUCCCACUCUCCCUCCCCUCCGCCUGAGCGCGAGGAAAGCCUGCGCUCCACCCUGACGCUCCAGACAGCCGAGCCCCGCCUCACACCCAUCCACCACAGCGUCAGCAUCUCCCACAGCAACGCCCCCCUCCUCCUCUCCCACUGCGUAUCCCUAGGCCACACCACCGUCGCCGUUGACGUCCACUUCUACCCAGCAGUCCCUGCUUCUGGCGCCGCCGCGGCUACUGUGGCAGCUGCCACCCAGAUCAAUGCCAACGCAGCCACGGGUCGUGGGCCCCAUCUCGGCUCCCGAGUGGCCCACCUUCAGGAGCAUGACCAAAUCGGCUGUCGGCCCGCACCAGAGUAAGUAACUAGAACGCCAACCCAGAUAUUGCCCGGUAUUCUCCACUUUCAAGACUUGUUGGACAUCUUAAUAGUCAUGAUUAUCAGCCUCUUUUCCAUUUCUAACUUUGACUAUUGUAAUAGUCCGAGUUGUGUGUAAUGUUUUGUGUAUGAACGAGGGAUCUAUCUGGAUUCAUCCACUUAAUAAACUUGUUUCCAUCGUAUUUUUUAAUCCGUGUGCGUAACCUGUACAAAAUGAGCAAGAUUUUCAAAUGACAUCAGUCAGUCAAGUCACCCAGACUCCUGAAGAAUUAUUGGAAGGGAGCAUCAUGGUCAUCUGUGAACGUUCACCAAUUGAAGAGCAGUGACCGACAAUCAUUGCUUAUAUAUGAUAUACUAACAGAAUAACUCUCACACAGGGAUAUCUUGCAGAAGUCAUCAUACGGAUAUAAAACGUGCAUACAAAAAUAAUUGUCAGAAAAAAAAAAGAUUGAAAGAUUAUGUAUUUAUAAUUUCUGCUCUGUGGUCUAUUUUCUUACUAUUUGUGAAAAUGAUUAGGGAAAACAAUGGAUUCAAUACCAAAUGCCAGUUAUUUAAUAAUGCUUUAGGCAUAAAAUACAUUUAUAGGAAACAGAAGCAACUGUAACUGACUUAAAAUAUAGCUAUGUACUGUAAAUGUCAAAUAUUUAUAUACUUUAUAAGUUUACUGGUGGAAAAUAUGUAUUUGUUGCAUAUUCUGCAACAAAAUAAGCCAAGCAAUCUUAAAUACUGUACACUUCUUAUUCAGGUAUCCCAAUCUCUCUCUGUCUGUCACCAUAGACUGACUGUUACUUCUGUGCUGAAACCAAAGUAAGAUAUGAUAACAGAGCUUGGUUACUUAACUUCCAGUAAGUCCCAACGGAAACAUGGUUGGCCUUGAAUUGAGAUAAUAGGUGAUGUUGUUUUUUAAUAACUUGUAUAAAUAAUUUCUUUGU